AUGUCAGAUCGAAUCAAGCAAAUCGCCAACCAGCUCAACUACCCCAAGGGGCUUUUGGCUAGCCAAGUCGCUAUCAUAACCGGCUCUAGCCAAGGUAUCGGCGCCGAGUGUGCGAGGCUGUUUGUGAACGAGGGGUCGAGGGUGAUUGUUUCAGACAUCGAUGCCGCAAAGGCAAGCCAUGUCGCUGACAAGAUCAGAGGCAACGGGGGCGAAGCGGUCGCCGUUCCCGGAGACCUGCUUAGGGAUGAGUACAUCAAGGAGCUUUUUGGGAAGGCAGCAGAAUUUGGAGGCGGCAAGAUCCAUACUAUCGUGAACAAUGCUGGCUUCACAUGGGAUGCCGUAAUCCACAAGAUGACGGAUAAGCACUGGGAAACCAUUGUAGCUCUCCAUGCCACGGUGCCCUUCAAGCUUGUCCGCGAGGCAGCGCCUUAUUUCCGUACAAAGGACGGCGAGCCCCGAAAUAUCCUUAAAAUAUCGUCCACUUCGGGACUUCAUGGCAAUGCUAGCCAAAUUAACUACGCAAUAGCUAAGGCCGGAGGCGUUGGGCUAACCAAAACGAUAGCCAAGGAAUGGGGCCCCGGAUUUGGCGUGAGGGCGAACACGGUCGCCUUUGGCCACAUUGAAACCCGGCUGACGGCUAACAAGGAGGCUGGAACUUUUGUCAAAAAACAGAAGGCUGGCGGCGUAGUGCCAUACAUAGACAUCCCGCUAAGGAGGCCGGGAUCAGCCACCGAAGCGGCCAGCACAAUCCUAGCAAUUGCCUCGCCGUUUAGUUCGCAUAUAUCUGGACAAACUAUCAGCGUGGCUGGAGGGAGGAAUAUGUAA